AUGUUAUUGCUGGUGGUCGUGUCUGCAAACCUUGGCAGCAUCCGGGAGGUGGUGAGCGACCCGGUGACGGAAUUACCGGCAACAUCGUCAAUGCCACCAGCUAUGCCGGUGGCGUACAACGAAAACAAGUUUCUUAAAUAUCUGUUCAACAAGUACGGCAGCAAGGGAGUGAUCUCGUUCGAGGGUUUAGAGCAUCUGAUGCAUAGCCUUGGACUCGGCGGUAUAGAUUUUACCGGUUCGCACACCCUGAAGGAGCAUCGCCCGGAUGGGUACGAUUUCGGUGACUACGAUAUUUAUGGUGGCGUGAGUCAACACGGGCACGACCACGACCAUCAUCAUCACGAUCAUGAUGGUGAUGGGGCCGAGACACCGGUACCACCGGUGAUAACGUUCGCCAGCGCACCAGUGAUCCCCGGCGAUCAUCGGCCCCAGCCCGACCAGCGUCCAACGGAGCAUAAGCAUGAGGCGGAACAGCAUCCAGCCAAUACCGGUGUCCGCACAGCACCGCGCACCGGUACUGCAAACAGUACCAUCCCGCGAUCGGUCACCACGGUGGCACAGGAUAGCAAGGCGUCCGGCGCAGAUGAUGAUCACGUGUGGCAGGAAAUUAUCUUUAAAGACAUGCACGAUCCCAGGCAUCGCCAUCCGCGGAACAAAAAUGUGCCCUUCUGUUUGUCGCCGAUGUCUAUCGUCCAUCUGGUGAUGGAGGAGCCGCUACUUGCCAAACAUCACAACAUCCGGAAGGCAAGAUCCCUUUCACCCGCGCAUCCCGUUGCAACGCCGGCAGACGACGAGGUGGAUCCCGAUGCCCGCAUCGAAAUUACACCGUCCGAGUUCAAGGAUCUUUGUCCGGCAUUUUUGGUACAGCUGGAUCAGCGCGCCUGUUCCCAAAAGCUGCACAAGGAAGCCAAUCCACAACGGGAGAAGAAAGCAUUUUCGCAAGCAUGGAUCUACGCCUCCGCCUGUGUGCUGAUCAUUUCGCUGUGCGGUCUGGUAGGAGUGGCGAUGGUACCGCUCGCUAAAUCCAUCGCGUACGAUGACAUAUUGCGAUUUCUCAUCGCGCUCGGCGUAGGAACGCUAUGCGGGGAUGCACUGAUGCAUCUGUUACCGCAUGCACUGCUGCCACAUGACGAUGGUGAUCAUCAUGACCAUCCACACGACGCGCUCGAUCACCACGACGGGCAUGAUCAUUUGGCGGAAACUCGCGCCAUGUGGUUGUGUCUGUGUGCGUUCGGGACGGCAGUCUUCAUGUACAGCCUGGAGAUGAUAUUGCCGCUGUUUCGGGCCGGGGAUGAACAUUCACACCACGGCCAUUCGCAUGCGCACACGCAAAGCUCGAAUCGAGUGGAACCGAGAACGGUGCAACAGUCGCAGCACACUAACAAUCAUCACGCACCCAACCAUCGGAGUGAUGACAUCGAGCUGGAUAUGGCGGACGGCACGAAAGAUAAGGAAGCCAAAAUGAUGCUAGAGAAGAAGAGCUCCCGCAAACCGAUGGCAGCGGUUGCGUUUAUGGUUAUACUGGGCGACGGUCUGCAUAACAUAACGGACGGUUUGGCGAUCGGAGCAGCCUUUGCUGUCGAUCCGGUUACGGGGCUGGCCACCUCGUUCGCUAUCCUCUGCCAUGAGCUGCCGCACGAGCUCGGAGACUUUGCGCUACUGCUGCAAACCGGUGUUAGUAUUAGGAGGGCAAUAUUCCUCAACAUUGUUUCCUCAGUUCUCAGCUUCAUCGGCAUGGCCCUCGGAUUGCUACUGACGGGUCUUCACGAAUCGGUCGUCAGCUGGAUAUAUGCGGGAACGGCUGGCACAUUCCUGUACAUUGCACUGUCCGAUCUGGUGCCGGAGAUGCGCAACGAUGUAGCGAAAAGCGAGAAAAAGUUGAAGGUGAUUUUGAUUCAGCUCACAGGCUUAACUUUAGGAGCUAUCAUCAUGUUGUUGAUUGCGUUGAACGAGACAGGUCUUCGGAAGUUGUUUGAUUAG